AUGGCGUCGCUGCCCAAGCCGCCGCCGCCGCCGCGCCCCAAGACGCGGGGCAACUACAACUGCGGCCGCUGCGGCCAGCCCAAAAAGGGCCACGUCUGCGUCGGCCCCGUCCCCGCCCCCGCGCCCGGCGGGGCCGCCGCCCCGACCCCGUCGCCCUCCUCCUCGUCCGGGGCCGCCAGCGCCAGCGGCGCCGGAGGGGAGCACAGGCUCCGCCGCGCCCUCUCUUUCGACGAGGCCGGCACUACGCCGCCCUCGCCGGAGAAGAAGCCCAAGGUGGAGGACAUGGACAUGGGGGAGGCGGAGCUGGACGAGGAGGAGGCCACGGUGGACGUGGGCGCCCGCCAGAUGCCCAGGGAGGUCAUGGCGGAGGUGCUGCGCCGCCUCGGCCCCCGCGGGGUCAUGGCCGCCACGGGGGUCAGCCGCGGCUGGCGGGACUGCGCGGGCCGGGUCUGGCGGGCCGCCGAGGAGCUCCGCCUCCGCGUCCUCGCAUCCUCUGGCGCCGGCCUCCUCGGCGCGCUGCUCCCGCGCUGCACCGCGCUCUCCCGCCUGGACCUCCGAAUGGAAAGUGAUGUUGAUGCCACUACCUUGUCUUAUAUUGCAUUUUCCUGCCCAAGUUUAAGAACUCUCGAGAUUAACAUGGCUGCUGAUGCAGUCAACAGGAUUACUGGGGAGGAUCUAAGUCGUUUUGUCUCGGAGAAGUCUACUCUCUCGGUCCUCAAAAUUGGUGGUUGCUCUAAUUUGGAUAUUCUUAAUCUGUGCUCUUCAAGCCUUUCAAUUCUUUGGCUGUCAGAUCUUUGUUCCCUUUCGAAAUCGGUCAUGAACUGUUGUAAUAUGAAUGAGCUCUCACUGUGCUUCACACAACAAAGUAGUGAUUGUACCGAUCUGGUUACUUUGAUGGAUGGCCUAGGUCGUACAUGCCCUAACUUGAAAAAAAUGCACAUAUCAUCGAAUCAAUUAUCCAACGAAGCUGUAUGUGCUCUAGAGAAUGCUAAUCUCAGGGGACUGUGCAUGCUAUCCUUGAUUCUAGGUUCAAAAAUAACUGAUGCAGCUGUUGCAUCUAUUGUUCGGUCGUGUCCGAGCUUGGAGUUACUUGAUUUAAGUGGAUCUAGCAUUAGUGAUAAUGGUGUUGGGAUGAUCUGCAAAGCGUUCCCUCAUACUUUAUCAAGGCUGCUCCUUGCUCUUUGCCCAAAUGUGACCACACGUGGGAUCCAGCUAGCCACAGCACAGUUGCCAUGUCUUCAACUCAUGGACUGUGGAAUGAGCCUAUGCGCUAACGUGAAGAAUGAAAAAGAGGGUCCGCAUUUUGGUGAACUCAAUGGAGGUAUUAGAAUUAUACGAAAACUAUCCACCUUAAAGAGGCAACCUGUUCACCAAAAGCUUAUUAUAAAGCAUGGGAAUUUGAAGAAACUAAGUCUGUGGGGCUGUUCUGCAAUAGAUGCUCUAUAUGUAAAUUGUCCAGAGUUAAAUGAUCUCAAUCUUAACUCUUGCACAAAUCUACAUCCAGAACGUCUGCUUCUUCAGUGCCCAAAUUUGAAGAAUGUCCAUGCAUCUGGAUGCCAAGAUAUGUUGAUUGGAGCAAUCAGAAAUCAGGUUCUGAAUGAGUUCGCUGCAGCUGAAUCAUCUCUUCCAUGCAAGCGGCUAGCAGAUGGCUUGAAACGGGUUCAACUCCCCCAGUUCCAAAAGCAGCAGCCAUUGGAGGACGACAAAUUGAUUGAAUUGAGCCAGACCCAGUGCACUGUGCAUCUUGGUUCAUAA